AUUUAAUAUUAUAAUUAGUAGCCUAGCUCUAAAAUGUUGUAUAAAUAGGAUAUCAUUUCAUGGAAUGAAUCAAGCUUUUCAGUCUCAAUUCCUCCUUAUUCUAAACUUUGUUAAGAACCUCCACCCCCCUUCUUUCUUUUUAACUAGAAGGACAGGGCUGCUAUAGGGGCUAGUACUAGGCCGGAUUAUCCCAGUGCUUAGAAGAUCCCUAACAAUGUUUCAAUUUCAGUUUUCUGAUAAUAUGGAUACCGGUAGGGUCUAAUGUUGGGAAUUUUAGCUCCCUCCGUGAUUUGGAUGGCAUGGUCGCAACUUCUGUGAGGGGGCAAUCCCUUAGGAGUCUGAAAUACCUGGGGAAAUUCUGCUAGGAUCCUUUCCCAUUCCUCUCCCACUUCAAGAUUUGUUUGCUGAUCAGUUUUCAUGUUCUCACAGUACAGGUAAUACCCUUCCCCAUGAUUUUGUAAUACUUUGCGUAAGGUCUUCCAGGAUGCCAUAGAUCUGCUUAGAGAUGGAUCCCCCUGCAAACUCUUCCUUUGUGCUGCUUCUACCCAUUGGAUAUUAAGUUUUCUGAAAUUGACUUCAACUUUACCAAGGCUGGCCAACCAUUCCAUUCCCAGGAUUAUGUCAGUUCCUCCUAACUCAGGAUAUAAUAGUCUUGUGUGAUCAUUACGUCUUGGACCCAUAUCGGCAAAUUCUCACAUUUACCCUUGUUAUUAAUCCGCUCCCCAUUUCCCAUCUCCACCUAGAACCCUGCGGUGGGUGUAUAGGGCAGUUUUAGGUCAGCCACCAACCUGUGAGAUAUGAAAUUAUGGGUGGCUCCUGAAUCCAAUAGAAUGACUACUGGUGCGCCACUCUCUGGGUUAUUUAAAUUUCCCAUAACUUUGAAGGUUCUUUGUGUUGUAAUCCCUUCAUUGCUCAUACUCGAGAGUUGCAUAGUCAUUUUCUCUCCCUCUGACUCUACCUCGUCUGCGUCAGUCAGCGGGUUGUCCUCCACCUCUGCAUCUUCUGGAAUUUCUGUGAGAGUCAGCCGAUAGUUCUUCAUUUUGCACACAUGUUCCUUGUUCCAUUUGUUCCCGCAUUUGAAACACAAACCCUUCCGGGUUCUUUCCAGCAGCUCCUCCUGUGUCAGCCCUUGUCCCUUUUUCCCGGAGUAAGUGAAUCCAGAUGUUUCUGUGGCCUUGUAGUUUGUCACACCUUUUGCAGCAGUGGGGUUGUUAGGGUAGGUUCCCCCUCUAGUGCCUUCCCUCCAAUUUAAGGAUUUGGCUUGAGUUCCCCCUUUAUCUUUCCAGCCUCUCUUAUCCUCCUCCCUGUGUUUAGCCGUCCUUACUGCAAUAUUCUUAUUUUCGAGUAACAAAGCACGGUCCAUCAACUCAGAUAGGGAUCCCGAAGGGUACAAUUUCAGCUCAGCUCUAACUUCAUCCCGCAACCCAUUCAUGAAAAUCCCCUUCAACAUUUCCGUAUCUGUGUUUUUCAUGGGGGCGAUUACUAAUUCAAAUUCCUCCUUGUAAUCCAUCACGCUUCCCGUCUGUUUGAUACUCAGCAUGGGCCCGUACGGAUUUUGCACCAGGUCUGGCUGAAAUCUUUUGAUAAGGUCUUCCUUAAAAGAUUCCCAACCCCUAUAAUAAGUUUGUCCCUCCCAUCACUGGAACCAGUUGAGGGCUUUACCCUCCAUAGCUAUAAUCACAACCUCUACUCGUUCUUCUUCAGGAAUAUCAUUCAAUCUGAAAAAACGUUCUACUCGGACCAACCAGCCAUAGGCAUCGUCGCCAUUGAAUAUUGGAAGAUCUAUCUUCCUUCCGGUUCGAUGGUGACACCUCACCCUUGACCUUUCAUAGGUUGCGGAAGUUACCCGCGUAGAUCGCGACUCAUCGCGAGUGCGGGAGGGUUCGGUAUGCUGAGGGGACGUCCGUCGAGUAGUUCUGGAACGGCCUCUGCUUCGAUGGUGCUCCAGUUGCCGUCGCCUGGUCCGCAUAUCCUCCGUUCUACGUUUCUCCUGCUGUUGCCACAUAUUUCGCAUCUCCUGCAUCAUGUUGUUUAUCAUUUCGUCCAUCCUAUCACCGAGAUCUGCUACUGUGCGUUCCAUAUUGUCCGUCCGAUGCUCCGUCUGUGAUCGGGUGAGGGGCAUCCACAGUCUCAGGAGUCAAUAUGCUCUGAUACCAAUGUUAGGGCACACACACAGUCCAUCUCAAUAUAGGUUGAGUUUGAUGAGUUUGAGGAAAGUUCAAUGAUUGUUGCAACUAUUGCUUGGGAUAACUCUUUCUCAUGGACAUAUCGGAAGUCUAUCAAUAAACUACAUGAAACAAUGUGUGAGGUUCACACUGUGGCUGAACAUUUGGUGAAGAGAGUUCCCGAUACAUAUGGACUCCAGAAAACUCACAUUCCCGGAAAAACAUCUUGGGAUCAGGCUGUUAAUCGUGCUUUGCAUAUGAUAAAGCGGGAUUACUCUACACUGAUCAAGGUUUAAUAUACGCAAUUUUUUAUUUAAAGUUAAUACGAGUUUUAGCCCUUCAUUUAUAGAGAUUGCUACUUUUUAGCUCUUGACUUUCAAUUGGGCGUCUUUUACUCCCUAAGUUUUCAAACGUACCGAUAUAGUCCAAAUGGUCCAAAAUAUAUCUAUACAAAGAAAUGUUGUUUGGUAAAGUAGUGACAUUUUAGACAUUUGAACUAAAUUUGGUUAGCUUUGAGAAGCCGAGGGACCAAGAGUGGUUGAACUGGUAGUCGAGAACGAAAAGUGGCAUUGUCGAGCAUCCAAAAAGAAAAAAGAAAAAAAAAAGAACUGAAUGUUGAUAUAUUUAUUUUAGCCAUUGCUCGACACAUCUGCUAGAAUCAACAACAAAGCCAUAUAAGUGGUUCUUUCAAGUCACAUAUAGUUGAGCUCAUCUAAGUGUACCAUAUUGAUUUUUCUCAUUUUGUCUAAAAGUACAAGGUGACCAAUCAGUCGACCAAAGAACUCAGUACCCGGUGAAUAGCGAGCUAUUCAAGUUGAUCAUGUAUCUGAGAGCAGCUAAUUAACCAACUGCGUUGCCGCCAGCAGCGGCGACGCCGACCGUUAAGCUCCAUGUCUGAUGCAAUUUUAAGACACCGAGUUGUACUACUCAAUGAGCCAGGAUGCUUUAAUUUUUCUCUGCCACCUCUACCUCUCUUUCCCAGCCAAUCUGCUACUCAAAGAAAUCACCGUCAUCAAGCACAUUGUUCUCUGUCCAUGAAUGGGUGCCAAGGUGACCCAAGAGCCCCCUUCGGAACCAUUGAAGCUCAAACAUUUCCGGCUGUCUCGAGCCUAUCACUGGCGAUGGAAAGCCUCAAUUCCGCCAUUUCGAACCUCCUCAACUCCGACCCUUCGCCGUUUGACUCUGGCAUUAUUCGCCUUCAGGUACCGAUUAAAGAGAAGAUUGAGGCACUCGCCUGGCUGCAUGCCCAAAACCAUCUUCCUCUCCUCCCGCGCUGUUACUUCUCCAGUAGAAGCCGAGACUUUGACACCGAUCAUUCAUCCAUUGAACAUCUUAGUGCUGAUCAUUCAGUUCUUUCAUCAUCUCAAAAGCAUAGGGUGGUGAGUGUAGCUGGCAUUGGCUCGGCUGUCUUCUUCCGCCACUUACGCCCUUUCUCAUUCGACGAUUGGCUCUUCAUUAAGAGGUUUCUCUCCAAGGGAUGCCCUCUAAUUCGUGCUUAUGGUGCCAUUCGCUUUAACGCCACUGUAAGCAUUGCUUCAGAAUGGAGAGCUUUUGGAUCAUUUUUCUUUAUGGUUCCACAGGUUGAGUUUGAUGAGUUUGAGGAAAGUUCAAUGAUUGCUGCAACUAUUGCUUGGGAUAACUCUCUCUCAUGGACAUAUCGGAAGUCUAUCAAUAAACUACAUGAAACAAUGUGUGAGGUUCACACUGUGGCUAAACAUUUGGUGAAGAGAGUUCCCGAUACAUAUGGACUCCAGAAAACUCACAUUCCCGGAAAAACAUCUUGGGAUCAGGCUGUUAAUCGUGCUUUGCAUAUGAUAAAGGGGGAUUACUCUACACUGAUCAAGGUUGUACUUGCUCGCAGCAGCAGAGUUGCAACUGCUACAGACAUUGACCCUUUGACAUGGUUAACUUGCCUGAAGUAUGAAGGAGAAAAUGCAUAUCAGUUCUGUAUACAGCCUCCUGAAUCAUCGGCAUUUAUUGGAAAUACUCCAGAGCAAUUAUUUCAUCGAGACCAACUCAGCGUUUGCAGUGAUGCUCUUGCUGGCACCCGAGCUAGAGGUGGAACAGAGCUUCUAGAUCUCAAGAUAGGGCAGGAUUUGCUUUCCAGCCCGAAAGACAAUUAUGAGUUCGCUAUAGUACGGGAGUGGAUUAGAAGGAGACUGGAGGCUGUGUGUUCCAGUGUGCUGAUUGAACCAAAGAAAGCUUUGAAAAAACUUCCUAGAGUCCAACAUCUUUAUGCCCGAUUGUCGGGGAGGCUUCAAAGUGAAGAUGAUGAGUUCAAGGUUCUAUCAUCACUUCAUCCAACUCCAGCAGUUUGUGGGUAUCCGACAGAAGUUGCACGGGUUCUAAUAGCAGAAACUGAAACGUUCGAUCGAGGAAUGUAUGCUGGCCCUGUUGGUUGGUUUGGAGGAGAAGAGAGUGAAUUUGCCGUUGGAAUCCGCUCAGCGUUGGUUGGUAAGGGUCUUGGUGCAUUGAUUUAUGCUGGAACAGGGAUAGUCGAAGGAAGCAGUUCAUCUUCAGAAUGGGAUGAACUAGAGCUGAAGACAUCACAGUUUACCAAACUGAUGAAACUUGAGGUUCCUGCACUGGCAAUGGGUGGAGACAGGAGGAAUACUAACCAAACGGGUUGAUGAUUAUCAGUUUUACGUAGGGGUGGGUUCGGUUGUUUCGGUUCGGUUGUUUGGUUUUGACCAAAACCAAAUACAUAAUCAAAGUAAAAAGUUUGGUUCGGUUUUGGUUCGGUUUUGGUUCAGUAUUACAUUUCAAACUUGGAACCACGGUUUGAUUGGUUCGUUUUUUUUGUUAUUUAAUUUAAAAUGAUACAAUAUUAUUUGGGUUUUAUAUUUUGAAAACUAGUAUGGCCACGUCGUGGUAAUGUAUACAUACAGGGGCGGAAUUAGGGCACCGGGCCGGAUUAGGCCGGUACAAAAAAUGUUUUUUGGAAAAAUUUUACACAAAAUAUAGAUUUUUUUUUUUUAAUUUGGAUUGGGUCGAGGCUAGGAUUGGCCUUCCUUAUCUACGUCCAUGUAUACAUACAGUGAUUCUAUAAUCUAUAUCAACACUGGCAUUUGGAAUCUUGUACUUUG